AAAAUUGUAUUGGUCGGUGAAAUGAAAGCAUUAAUUGCUCUUUGCUUGCUUGCAUUGAGUUUUCAAGUUGGUUUCUGUAAAAAGAAUUGGGAUUGGGAGAGAAAAACUUUUUCAUUUUUGGAAUUGGAUGAAAAUGAGGAAAAGGAGGAAAAAGAUGAAAAUAUUGAGGAAAUGCAAGAAAUAGAUGAUAUAAUGAACAUGCUGAAAGAAGAUGAAGAUGAAAAUACAGCGGAUCAUUGUACCGGGGUACACUGUGGACCUGGCCGUGAAUGCACAGAAGGAAAGUGUACAUGUGUUAAAGAAUGUUCUGAUGAGAAGGAUGCUAGAAGAUGGGUUUGCUCCAACCAAAACCAAACUUAUAAAUCAGACUGCACUCUCUACAGAUCUCGGUGCUGGUGUGAAGAAAACAGCCAACACUGUGAGAAACCUGAGAACAGGCACCUUCAUGUCGAAUACUAUGGAGAAUGUCGAGAUAUCGGGACCUGCAGCGAGGACGAAAUUGUCGACUUUCCUCGAAGAAUGCGCGAUUGGCUUUUUAGUGUAAUGAAAGAUUUGUCUGAACGUGCAGAAAUCUCCGAAAAGUUCAAGCCGGUCAAUCUAGACAACAGUCAGUCCACCAGAUGGAGUGUGGCUGCAGUAUGGAAAUGGUGUGAUCUGGAUAAACAUCCUCAUGAUAAUAUUGUUUCUAGACAUGAACUUUUUCCACUCAGAGCACCUUUACACUCCCUGGAACGCUGUAUUUCUCCCUUUCUGGACAGCUGUGAUACAGAUAACGAUCAUUCGAUCACAAUUCAGGAGUGGGCCGAUUGCCUGGAGCUUGAUAUAGAAGAUUUUAUUCUUAGAUGUGAAGAUAUUUAAUUAAGCAAAAUUUACAUAUAAAAAAUAUAUUUAUUUUUUUAUCA